AUGUUUACUUAUCCACUUUGCCUUCGUUUACCGUUAUUCAUUCGCUUGACACUUGAUCUUCGUGCCUAUACUGUCUUAUUACUUGCCGAUGUACAAAAUGCUUUCGAUACGUUUCGACGCGUACAAAUGUGGAUGUUACGCUAUUUUCCGUGGGUGGCCGACCGUGCCGCCGAUGGUAUCUUCCCGUCUGCUGAACGAGAUCUAUUGAAGAAUACCUCUGCGCUGUUAGCUCGCAAGUUUGUCUCUCAAGGUUCAGGUGCACAAGGUUUACUUGAUUAUGCCUCCGCCCUUGUCAGGUCAGGGCCGGCCGUCGCGGCCACUCCCACCCUGGGCUGA